GCGCGGCGUGCGCGCCCCUGUCUCGGUUUUCACUUCCGGCGCCGCCAUGUUGGGGAGGUCGGCGGGGCGACUGGCGGGGGUCGUGGCGCUGGUCACGGGGGGCGCCAGCGGCAUCGGCCGCGCCGUGAGCGGCCGCCUGGCCCGCGAGGGCGCGCGCGUGGCCGUGGCCGAUCGCGACAUGUCGGGGGCGGCGGCGACAGCGAAAGGGCUCCCCCGGAACUGCCCCCCCGACCACGGAGCUUUCCAGGUGGAUGUGGCCGAUCCCAAAAGCGUCGCCGGGAUGGUGAGGGGGGUGCAGGAGCACUUUGGGGGUCCCCCCCGUGUCCUGGUGUCCUGUGCCGGGAUCACCCGCGACCGGAUGUUCCUGGAGAUGGGAGAGCGGGAAUUCCGGGAAGUGCUGGGGGUGAACCUGGAGGGGACGUUCCUGGUGACACAGGAGGUGACAAAGGCCCUGGUGACAUCGGGGGACCCCGGGGGGGCCUCCCUGGUCCUCGUGGGCAGCGUGGUGGCCAAGGUGGGGAAUUUGGGCCAAACCAACUACGCGGCCUCCAAGGGGGGGGUGGAGGGGCUGACCCGGAGCGUGGCCAAGGAGGUGGCCAGGUUUGGGAUCCGCUGCAAUUCCGUCCUGCCGGGAUUUAUCGUCACCCCCAUGACGGACAAAGUGCCCCCAAAAGUGCUGGACAAGUUCGCAGGGAUGGUGCCACUGGGACGACUGGGGGACCCUGAGGACGUGGCAGACGUGGUGGCUUUCCUGGCGUCGGGGGACAGCGGCUACGUCACCGGGGCCACCCUGGAGGUGACAGCCUCAGCCAGCGCUGCCCAGGCCCAGAGGAAGAUGAAGGUCGCUGUGCUCAGCGUGGCCCUGCUCUUCACCAUCCUGCUGAGCCCCCCGGCAGAUGCCAAGGCACUCUUGGCAGGAACCCAAAAUGAUCUGCAGGUGGAUUUAGUGGAUGUUGGGAUCCUGAAGACGGCUCAGGUGGGUACCAGGAGUUCUGCCUGA